UGGCUGGCACAGCAGGGGAGACGCCAGCAGCCCAGGCUGAAGUGACAGAACCCUACAUGUUGACUUCAGUCCUACCCUAAUUAGGACAGCAAAAAUGCCUAUUGGGUUACGAAGGGAGAAAAGAGGAAAGAAAGGAAUGAAGAGGGGAAACUGUGGAAUAUUUAGAAAAUUGAUUCGAUCCACGGAAUGAAAACUGAUUUCAUUUCUGUAGAAGUCGAGAGUCCCUUACGCCCUGGAGAGUUGUUUUCUCUCCACCGCCGGGAGAAAAUCAGAAAUGUGAAUUCUGUCAGUGGAGGAAGAAAUGCGUGCAUGAUCGGGACGGCCUCGAGAGAGGACGAGGGGAAGAGAGUGUGCUUGCGACGAGACGGACGCUCAGAUAGACAGACAGGCAGGUAGAUAGAAGCAGAGGAGUAUGGCAGGCCUGUCGCUGCAGUGCGGGGACUGCAAGGUCCAGUUAAGAACAGUGGAGGAAGCUCAGGAACAUGCCGAAUUGACUGGGCACGCCAACUUUGAAGAAUCCACUGAGCCAGUGCUCAAUUUGGUGUGCAGUACUUGCGGAAAGCCUUGCCGCACAAAAACAGAGAGUGAUCUGCACACAAAGAGAACUGGGCAUACUGAGUUCGUGGAUAAAACAGCGGAAACUGCCAAGCCUGUAGUACUUGAGAUAAAGCCAGACGGCGGAGCCGGCCCAAGUGGGUCUAGCUCAGGGGAUGGAUCUGCUAAGCCUCCAGAUUUGGUGGUCCCAGAAGUGAACAAAGAGCUACUAGCGGAACUUGAAGGAAUGGGCUUCUCUACAGCCCGUGCUACAAGGUCGCUUCACUUUUCUGGUGCAGAUAAUAUCGAAGGCGCUGUUACCUGGAUUGUUGAGCAUGAAGGAGAUGACAAUAUCGACGAAAUGCCUAUGGUUCCUGCUGGGGCUACUGGUGGCGCUGUCGCAUCCAUGUUGACUCCUGAAGAAGCCAAAGCCAAGGCGCAGGAACUGAGAGAACGUGCCCGCAAGAAGAAAGACGAGGAGGAGAAGAGAAUGGAAAAGGAGCGCGAGAAAGAACGAAUCCGGAUAGGCAGAGAGAUGCAAGAAGCUCGCCGCAUCGAGGAAGAUAAUGAGCGGAAACGAAUUAUGAUCCUUAGGAAGGCUGAAAAGGAGGAGGAGAAGCGUGCAAGGGAGAAGAUACGUUUGAAGCUGGAAGAAGACAAGGCAGAGCGACGGCGAAAGUUGGGCCUUCCACCUGAAGAACCUCAACCAGCUACGUCCGCCCCAGCACCCAUUCCAAAAGAAGAGAAGAAGAGUUUUGUCCCGUUAAGACCCGCUUCGAAGGCCGAACAAAUGCGAACCUGCCUGCGUGGCAUGAAACAAGCACACAAGGAUGAAGAUGACAAGGUCAAGAAGGCGUUUCAGACGUUGCUCACCUACUUAGGAAAUGUUGUUCGGUCUCCCGACGAAGAAAAAUUUCGAAAAAUACGGCUAACCAAUCCCACUUUUCAGGAAAGAGUUGGGAAUAUGGGAGGAGUCUCUUUUCUAGAGCUCUGCGGUUUUGAGAAAGACACAGCUGGUGAGUUUCUUUCCUUGGCUCGGGAGAAAGUUGAUGUGAUGCUUUUGAAUACGGCUGGUGCGGAGAUCAACUCAGCUUUAGUGAACCCAUUUUUUGGAGUUCUGUGACCUUGACAACUGGCACAUUCUUCCUAUUCAGUGGCCACGGUAGCCGUCAAUAUUUGAUUAGGUGCUCAGUUUCCUAAGCAGUCCUGGAACAAUUUUCAUCAAAAUAAUGUUUAUGGGCAGUACAGCUGCUCUAAUUCAUCAACACCUGUCCGACUUGAAAGCUACUGAGUCCAUCUGUGAUUUCGUCUUGUAUGUGUCUCGGUGGGAACAAAUGGACGUGAAUGGUAGAUUGCGUUUUUAUCCUGUUCUGUGAUUGAUAUGCCCUAAAAGAAGACAAACUGAUGAACCACAUCAAAUCGUGUUGUCAUAUACACAUACUAACUGAUGCUUUGGUUUUUCGUGGAUUUGUCCUCGUAGUUGAAAUGAGACUUGCAGUUUUCCUCGUGUCAU